GGACAUAAGUUUUUAUUCUUUAUUUUUAAACUGUCACUGUGAUAUACAUUGAUAACUAUAGAUUUUAAUUUCUUACUUUCUUAGUGAUUUACUCAAAACAUUUAACAAAGAGUGUGAGUAAAUAUAUGACGUACCACGUACAUGUUCGUAGUACGAACAAGUACAACUUGCUUGUUGCUUGUUGGCGAACGACAAAAUUUUGAAAUCGCACAUCGCACCUGUACGUAGUAAUGAUAAUAUUUUUAACAUAACAAUAUUGUAAAGCAUUGGACAUGGCCAAGAACGUUUAUUUUUUGUAUACGUUCUUAUUUUAUCUAUGCACACGAUCGUCAUUGGCGUCAAAUGUGUCCACAUCGUCUACUACGUCCAUAGAUGUAUUGCCUGAUGGAUGUCAAAGUCUUUUGCAAUCAUUUGCCAACGAGACGGCCAGGUUCACUCUGUGCGUAGUAACUAAUGCUCGGCCAAUCACUGUAUGCGAAAAAUGUGCGAACGAGUUCAAUCAAGUCUUCAAGAGAUACGAAGAAAUACAAAAGUUACAUAACAAUGAUAGUGAGGUAGACUGUCGAGCAGUUUUGACUAAUAUUGAUCGCUUACAAGUUGUGUAUGCAAGUUAUAACUAUGUGUUGGAUAUGUGGGACAAAGCUUCUUGCAAACUGUGUUUAAAUGGUACUGUUUUCAAUGAAAAGACGAAAGGAGUGAUGACACGAGGUGAUAAUUUAGAUGAGUGUAUAUCAAAACACAUAAAUAACACCAAAUUUUCAAACGAAUCAAUUUGUACCGACUGCAAACAAUACUAUGUGAAUUUAACCAAUUACUAUAAUAGGUAUAAAAACGAUAACACAUUUUGUAUGGAUGUUGUUGAUCUGAUAAACAACACCCAAAGUGAUUGGAGUUUAAAAUGGAAAUGCCAUGUAUCUAACUAUGAUUCUGAAUGGGUUUUACUUGUCAUUUCGUUUAUUGUACUUUUAAUGCCUAUUUUAUUUUAUUUUAUCAAUUGGUUAAUAUCCCAGGAAAGAUCAAAUGUAUUAUUAUCACAAAACCGUUGGCACCAAAGGCUUACUAAUAAUGCAGCAUCAACUUCCGGUUACGUUGUUAUAUCCUAAGUUAGUGUUAGUAUUGAAUGGAGUAUCAGUACUUUAAAAAUGUUUAUUACAUUCAUUAUGUUAUUAUGACUUAAGUAUGAUAUAAUCUGGUAAUAUAACAUGUUUAUUCAUAUAUAUCAAUUGUUAAGUYAAUUAAUCAUAUUUAGUGUCAACUGUGAUAUUUGUUAACUAUGAGACAUAUAAAAUUAAAUUGUACUACAUUUAUUAUA